AUGUCAAGUAAAGUAAUCCCAUUAAUAUUAGGUACUAGAAAUGAAUUGGAGAAGAAAAUCCCGAAUGUAGCUGUCGCAAUACGUUUGAAAUCAAAACUAAUCGAAGAACUUGACUAUAGAUGUAGAGCUUAUGAGCAAACAUCCAUAUUACCAAUUUGCACAAUGUUGGAUCCUCGAUUUAAGGAUAUACAUUUUAAAAAUCCACUUGCAAAUUCUAAGGUCCAAGAAAGCAUAGUUCAAAUGAUGAACAAUGAUAAUGAUAUUGUAGAAAAUGAAACAUUGUCAACUGCAGAACCAGAUUGUAGCAACACAGACAAACAUUGUGAUUUAUGGGGCCAUCACAAGUCAUUAGAAAAAAAGCGAAAUGAUAGAGCUUGUAAUAAUACUCCUAGAGGAGAAUUAAAUUCUUACUUACACUAUAAAAUUUUAAAAUUGGAUCUUGACCCAUUGAUCGAAUGGGAAAAUACAAAAACAAUUUUUCCAAAAUUAUAUAAACUAGCGAUGAAGUAUUUAGUGGUUCCUGGAACAUCAGUACCAUCUGAACGCCUUUUUAGUAAGGCUGGAGAAACUAUUAGCAAGACAAGAAACCGAUUAACUGGUUCCAGGAUAUCAAAACUACUUUUUUUACAAUCAGUGGACAAAAGUCAAUGGAAUUUUUGA